AUGAGCCAAAUCCUCACCUCGCGCCAGGCCGAAGAGCUGUACGUGCCCCUCUCUCUUUUCCCUUUUGUCCUCUUUUCUUGCUGCGCUGCUGAGGCAACCUGGGCUGACCUGCGUCGUGUGACAAUAAGACACAAAGCCGUUAUUGCCUACUUGUCCUCCAAUAAUCUGUCUGCUGCUGCCAACGCACUGCGAGACGAACUAGAAGUAAGCGACACCUUUGAUGCCGCCACCUCGAAGAAAUACGAAGGCCUCCUGGAGAAGAAAUGGACGAGCGUUGUCAGACUGCAGAAGAAGAUUAUGGACCUCGAGUCCAGGAAUGCUUCCCUCCAGUCAGAAUUAGACAAUGCGACGCCCACGUCGCUAUCUCGCCGGAACCAAGAUCCCACCAGCUGGCUUCCCAGGUCGCCCGCCCGUCACACCCUACAAUCCCACCGGGAGCCCAUCACCUGCGUCGCCUUCCACCCCGUCUUCUCCUCCCUGGCCUCGGGCUCGGAAGACUACACCAUAAAGAUCUGGGAUUGGGAGCUGGGUGAGCUCGAACGAACCAUCAAGGGUCACACCAAGGCCGUACUUGAUGUCGACUUUGGCGGCCCCAGAGGCGGCACGCUGCUGGCAUCGUGCUCGAGCGACCUGACAAUCAAACUGUGGGAUCCUUCGGACGAGUACAAAAACAUCCGGACGCUGCCGGGUCACGACCACAGUGUCAGUGCUGUCCGCUUCAUCCCGUCGGGCGCUGCCGGGGCCCCCAGCUCCGGCAACCUUCUCGUAUCUGCUUCUAGGGACAAGACGUUGCGCAUCUGGGACGUCUCGACAGGGUAUUGCGUCAAGACAAUACGAGGACAUGCAGACUGGGUUCGGGGCGUGUGUCCGUCCGCCGAUGGACGUUACCUACUAUCAGCUGGUAACGACCAGACGGCCCGCCUCUGGGACAUGUCGCUUGCCAACCCCGAAAGCAAGCUCACGUUGAUUGGUCACGAACAUACCAUCGAGUGCUGUACCCUCGCGCCCUCGGCAGCCUACCAGUACCUGGCGCCCCUCGCCGGCCUGAAGAGACCACCAGCGACAUCCAACACUGCCGAGUUCAUGGCGACGGGAUCGCGGGACAAGUCGAUACGCAUAUGGGAUGCGCGGGGCAAUUGCAUCAAGACGCUGAACGGGCACGAUAAUUGGGUGCGGGCCCUGGUCUUCCAUCCGGGUGGGAAGUAUCUGUUUAGCGUGGCUGACGACAAGACGCUAAGGUGUUGGGACUUGACCCAGGAGGGCAAGUGUGUGAAGACACUUUCAGAUGUCCACGGCCACUUUGUAUCAUGCCUGCGGUGGGCUCCAGGUAUCGUGCGAGAACCUGCAGCCGGCAACGGCACGGCGGAGGGCCCGAACGGCACCGCAAACGGCGCAGCGAAACCAGGCGCUACGGCUGUCGACGUACAGAUCCGAUGCGUGAUUGCGACUGGAAGUGUGGAUCUGAACGUUAGGAUAUUUGCCAACUGA